AAAUUGAAACGAACGCAGCAUUUCAGGGACUGGAUGAGGAGCUUACGUUUUUUUACAGAGACAGGGUCUCCCUCUGUUGCCCAGGCUGGAGUGCAGUGGUACAAUUAUUGCUCACUGUAGCCUCCAACUGUUGUACUCAAGUAAUCCUCCCGCCUUGGCCUCCCAAAGCACUGGGAUUAUAGAAUCAUCAGUAUCUUGGAAGAAAAAGAAUGUUAAGAAAUAACAAAACAAUAAUUAUUAAGUACUUUCUUAAUCUCAUUAAUGGAGCUUUCUUGGUUCUUGGACUUUUAUUCAUGGGAUUUGGUGCAUGGCUCUUAUUAGAUAGAAAUAAUUUUUUAACAGCUUUUGAUGAAAAUAAUCACUUCAUAGUAUCUAUUUCUAAAAUUUUGAUUGGAAUGGGAUCUUCUACUGUUCUUUUUUGUCUAUUGGGUUAUAUAGGAAUUCACAACGAAAUCAGAUGGCUCCUAAUUGUGUAUGCAGUACUGAUAACAUGGACCUUUGCUGUUCAGGUUGUACUUUCAGCAUUCAUCAUCACAAAGAAAGAGGAGGUUAAGCAACUAUGGUAUGACAAAAUUGAUUUUGUCAUUUCUGAGUAUGGAUCUAAAGAUAAGCCUGAAGAUAUAACCAAGUGGACUAUUCUGAAUGCCUUACAGAAAACAUUACAGUGUUGUGGCCAACGUAAUUACACAGACUGGAUAAAGAAUAAGAACAAAGAAAAUUCAGGACAGGUGCCAUGUUCUUGCACAAAGUCAACUUUAAGAAAAUGGUUUUGUGAUGAGCCACUGAAUGCAACUUACCUUGAGGGUUGUGAAAAUAAAAUCAGUGCAUGGUAUAAUGUUAAUGUGUUAACCUUAAUCGGAAUUAACUUUGGACUUUUAACUUCAGAGGUUUUCCAAGUCUCAUUAACAGUUUGUUUCUUCAAACACAUCAAGAAUAUAAUCCAUGCAGAAAUGUGACCUUUGGAUUUCAAUUUGUUCAGAAGAAACCAGUUAAUUCUUAAAAAAUCACAUUAUAUUAUUUUAUUCCAAAAACGUUUUGAAUUGUAUUAAAUAACAGAUCUAUUCAAAUUAUUAAUUAUAUGUAAUAUUGAAUUACUGAAUACUGUAAUAAAACAUUCAUGAAAUUAUAUUAAUUUUGUUUUUCAAAAUAUUAAAUUCUACAGUUCAGAAGUUCACCUGAAUUUAAAGGGUACUAUCAUAUAUACCAAAUUCAAAAGUAUCACCAUAUGUUUUGAGUUUCUUUUGUAGAGAAAAUACCUAUAUGAUGUUCAGAAAAUACUAAUUAAGUAAUCAAUCAUAUCAUGUACCUUUUAUUUGCAAAUCUUAAGAAAACAAUACUGAUUUUAUAGGACAUUUAAAAGAAAAAUCUUUUAUGACACUAACAUCUGUACUAAAUCUUCAUGACACUAACAUCUGUACUAAAUCAUUUAUCUGUCUUUCCUGAUAAUGUUUGCAAGAGGAUAAUAAACUUAAAAUUAGAGGCUUGGUUAUACUUUUAUGGCAAUAACACAAUAUUAAAAUAACAGUGAAGUUUUAACUGUAGUAAAAAUAAUCCAUUCUAAAUACUGAAAUCCCAUACCUUUUACUAGCUCAUUUUUCUUCUCUUUUUCCUUAAAUUGUAUUCAGUGCAUGUGUACACAAUUCUCUGAAGAAUAUAAAAAUAACCUACCUGUCCUAUUUUGCUAACAAUGGUUCUGUGAGGAAAAUAAAUUCU